UUGGGCUUUCUAGUUCAUCAGGUGAAACUGAGGAUAUCAUGAUAUGCGCCUCAACAAAUUUUCGCUGUGUCGGAAGCUUUCGUACCUGAGACAAUCACAUCAGUCCCCGCUGUCCAUCACUUCCAAACAUAGGACUUUUGUUCAACAAGGACUGUAUUCGGAGGCCCUACAACCAUACUUCACCAAACCCAUCUCUCACCACGCCGCCGCUGUCACCGGAAAAUUCGUCUUCCCUUCUCUUCUCAAAGCCUGUGCUGCCCUUUCAGACCUCCGCCAUGGACAAAUUCUCCAUUCCGCCAUUGUUACGAUGGGCCUUCACUCCGAUCCCUAUAUCGCUGUUUCUCUCAUUAACAUGUACGCAAAAUGUGGGUCACUCGCUUCUGCAGUUGAAGUGUUUGCGGAAAUGUCUGAGAGUCAAGUCGCGGUUCAAGACGUCACUCUCUGGAACUCUAUGAUUGAUGGGUACUUCCGAUACGGCCAGGUUCAUGAGGGUAUAAUUCUUUUUAGUCGGAUGCAAUCGUUGGGUGUCAGACCCGACGCCUACUCGCUGAGUAUUCUGCUGGGAACAUGUGAGGGCAUGUCGGUUGCCGGGAAGCAAAUUCAUGCUUACAUUGUUAGGAACAUGUUAUAUGGUGAUCCCUUCUUGGAGACUGCAUUGAUUGAUAUGUAUUCGAGUUGCGGCCGACCAGUGGAUGCGUCCCGCGUGUUUGAUAAGUGGGCGGAUAAGAACAAUGUUGUCGCAUGGAAUGCAUUGAUUAGUGGGCUUUGUGAGAACGGAUUGUGGGAAAACAGCUUAGAAUUGUUUGCAUUGGCCAAGAGUGAGAGUUGCACGCUUGGAUCUGCUUCAUUUUCGAGUGCUUUAACUGCGUGCUGUUACGGUGAAGACGUAGAUUUUGGGAGGCAGGUUCACUGUGAUGCAAUCAAAGCGGGUUUUGAGAUUGACUCGUAUGUUUGUACUUCUCUUUUGACCAUGUAUGCCAAGUGUGGGCUGGUGGAAUUGGCAGAAGAAGUAUUUGACCGGACCACAAUCAAGGAAACUGAAUUAUGGAAUGCAAUGAUCUCUGCUUAUGUAGGUAAGGGCUGUAUUGAUGAAGCCUUGGGUGUUUACAAUCACUUGAGGUUAAGUAAUACUCCAAUUGAUUCUUUCACAAUAUCUAAUGUUUUAUGUUGUUGCACUAUGGCUGGGUUGUAUGAUUUUGGUAGGACAGUUCAUGCAGAAUUAAUCAAAAGACCAGCCCAAAGUAGUAUUGCUGCACAGAGUGGGCUGUUGACAAUGUACUCAAAAUGUGGGAGUGUUGAAGAUGCUAUUUUAAUUUUUACUACAAUGAAAGAACGGGAUCUGGUUGCAUGGGGCUCUAUGAUAUCAGGUUUUUGCCAAAACAGGAAAUUCAUGGAGGCUUUGGAUUUGUUCAGGGCAAUGGAGGUUGACGGCAUCAAAUUGGAUCCUGAUAUUAUGGCCAGUGUAAUCAGUGCUUGCAUGGGACUGGAGAACAUAAAAUUGGGUUGUGGAAUCCAUGGAUAUGUCAUUAAGAUUGGUUUAGGAUCUGAUGUUUUUGUGGCUAGUUCCCUGGUUGAUAUGUACUCAAAAUGUGGUUUUGCAGAGAUGGCUAGGAAGGUAUUUUCUGGGAUGUCACAAAAAAAUCUCGUGGCUUGGAAUUCUAUAAUUUCUUGCCAUUGCCGGAAUGGGUGCCCAGAGCUUGCCCUUAUGCUCUUUCCUCAGAUUGUACAGCAUGGCUUGUGUCCAGACUCUAUUUCUGUAACAAUUGUCCUUGCUGCAGUUUCAUCACUUGCAGCGCUGUUAAAAGGAAAGAUUGUGCAUGGAUAUCAAAUAAGGCUUCAGAUUCCUUCUGAUCUUCAAGUGGAGAAUGCAUUGAUUGAUAUGUACAUCAAGUGUGGAUCUUUAAAAUAUGCACAAAACAUCUUCUGGGACAUGCCAAGAAAAAAUUUAGCAACAUGGAAUUCUAUGAUUGCUGGGUAUGGAUGUCAUGGGGAGUGCCUAAUAGCAAUCAGAUUAUUUAAUGACAUGAAAAGAUCAGGAAUAGCUCCUGAUGAUAUAACCUUCCUUUCCCUCAUAUCAUCUUGCAGUCAUUCUGGUCUCAUUGAAGAAGGUCUAAAUCUUUUUCAAUCAAUGAGAGGAGAGUAUGGAAUUGAACCCAAAGCAGAGCAUUAUGCAAAUGUUGUUGAUCUCUUGAGCCGUGCUGGUUGUUUGGAUGAUGCAUACCAUUUCAUACAAAACCUGCCCAUUGAACCUAACAGGAGUGUUUGGCUAUGCUUGUUGUGUGCAUGUCGAGUGCAUCGUAAUAUAGAGCUUGGCGAGCUGGCUGCCCAAAACUUAUUAAGGAUGGAACCAGCCGGAGGCAGUGAUUAUGUUCACCUGUUGAAUCUUUAUGGAGAAGCUGAAUCAUGGGACAAGGCAGCAACUUUGAGGGUAUCAAUGAAAGAGGAGGGACUGAAGAAGAAACCUGGGUGUAGUUGGAUUGAAGUGGGGAAUAGGGUUGAUAUGUUUUUCUCAGGGGAUUCAUCCUCUCCGAGGACAUUUGAGAUCUACGAGACAUUGAAUACUCUUCGGAGAAAUAUGGAAGGUAAAAGAAGAUUACUUGAUGGCGUUUGGAAAAAAUGAGAAUCUAUGAACCUCUAUUGAGAGUGGGUUCAAGCCUCAAGGGCACCUUGCUGCACCAUUUGUCAAGUUGAGAGAUGAAGUUGUCUUUUUGGGUUUGGGUUUAGCCCGUUUCUAUUUUUCCAUUUCAUCCCCUUUCUCUCUCUCUAAAAUGUUCUAAUGUAAUAUCUUCUAGUCACACCUUUCACUUGUCAAAUUAAUCCCCAUGGUAGUGUUGCCUAAAUUCAAGUUGAAAGUUAUAGUCAAUGUACAACAUAUGAAUAUUCCUGUGCUACUCUUCUUGGUCCUGUGAGUCAAAGGAGGUUUUUUUUUUUUAAA